AUGUCAAAUAACCUUGUUAAGUGUGAAACUAAUAAUAUGUCAGGAAACGCACAAAAAAGACAAAAUAAUGAUAAGGGAGGUCCACCAGCAAAAAGAGGUAAUUCAUUACCUAUGGACAAAGAUUCUGUGGCAAUAAAAAUUCUUAUUCCUGCCUCAGCAGUUGGUGCUAUCAUUGGAAAAGGAGGAGAAACUAUGCGUAAUUUAAAGAAUGACUCUGGUUGUAGAGUUCACAUGUCCAAAAACCAAGAAGUUUAUCAUGGUACAAAUGAAAGAAUAUGUCUUGUUAAAGGCAAAAUUGAUGCAUCAAUGAAAGUUAUGAAUGUUAUUAUUGAUAAGAUUAAAGAAAAAUCUGAUCCAAAUGCUCCUUCUGAUAACUAUGAUCUUAAAGGUGUUGAAAGAGGAAAGAUGAUGAAACUUCUUGUACCAAAUACAUCAGCAGGUAUGGUUAUUGGAAAAAGUGGAAGUAAUAUUAAAGAGAUUCGUGAUAACACUGGUGCUAAUAUUCAAGUUUAUCCAAAAGCUGGAAGUGCUGAAGCUAAGACAUCUACUGAACGUGUAGUUACAAUUGGUCAUGACAACCGUGAGGUUCUUCUUGAUGCAGUUAAAAGGGUUCUUGAAAAAGUUGCCCAGGAUCCUCUUCAUGAUCAACCAUUUGAUAACAAAGAUUCCAAUGAUAAUAAUGGAUCAUUCGCUCAAGUUCCAACACAAAACUUUAGUAAUUUCUCUAGUAAUCCAAAUUCAAAUAUGAAUAAUUGGCAAGGAAAUAAAGAUGGUGGUCAAUUUCCACCUAAUCAACAAAAGUUUAAUCCAAUGAAUGGACUCGGAAAUAUGGAUGUUAUUAAUUUCCUUGAAGGACUUCAAUGUACACUUCGUGGCCAUGGGUUUAAUGAACCAGCUGUUGCUGAAAUUAUGUCUGCGAUGCAGAUUUUAACUAAAUACAAUAUAAUGGGAUUAGGACUUGGUUUGGGUGUUGCUAGCAUAGGAUUAAUGAGAUCAAAUGAACAACAACAAAAUAUGCAAAAUGUUGCUCCAAGUAUGAUGGGCCAACCAGUUCCAAUGCAACAGCCCGGCUAUACUAUGCCACAAGGAAACAUGAUGUCUAACGGACCUGGUAUAAAUCAGGCACCUGGUAGCAGUAUUUUAUUAGCAACUUGA